UCGAUUGGAAGGAUCGAGACUCAGCAAAUGCAUAAAAGGUUGCCCCCCAUAGCCAAAGAGUUCCCCAAUCCACAUCGCCAGCCUAAUCUCACCUCUAUCCUCAAAGCCGUCUCUCAGUUCUUAAACUACAAUGUUCACCAAAACAUUCUUCUCUGCCGUCGCUGCAUCGGUCCUCUUUGUGGCUUCUGUGUCUGCCAUCUGUCCCGGGUACAAGUUCGGUAUCGCUCAGGCUGGCGGCCAAAUGAACGGCAACAACGGCGUUUGGCAGGUGUACGAUAACUCUUGCAACGUCGUUCACCAGGCGACUGGGCAGAUGCCGUGCGGUGGUGGCGUGUUCGACUGCAACUCUGCCAAGACCACCUUCACCGGCUUACAUCUCAAUAAUGUCAAUUAUGCUUGCAGCCCGGACACUAACGCUGAUUCUUGCAAUGGCCAAGCUAUUCAAGUCUGUUGCCACUGAACAGCAAUUAACCGUGCGAUGGCAUUCGAAUCUGAGACUGUAGAAUGUCUGAGCAGCCCGUAUUUAC